AUGGCCAGGGGAGAAAGCGAACAGUUCACUCACUUCUGCGCCACCCACCCUCAGCUUGCGAAUUGCAUCCAGGAGCUGCGCUGCUAUAUGUUCUCCCUCACUGCACAGCGCUCUCUCACCGAUCUCAUCGCCCUCACAUCAAUACUGCCCUCCUUAACCAACCUACAGACGCUCUACAUCAGUGGUUCUCAACACAGAGAGCCAUGGACGUUCGCGAACGCGAGACGGCCUCCGGUUAAACUGAAGAAGUUAGUGCUCCACCGGUGCACCCUGCUCACCGCGUUCGACGUGCACUGCCUGGAACUCAUCGACUUGCAAGAGCCCAAGCCUGUUUCGCUGGUCAAUCUCCACAGCAUCUACUACGGGCAGACGUUCGAGCUCUCGCAGCUGAUCAUCAAUGGCAAGGCGCCCUCGGCCGUACGGUACGGUCUCCUACAGCGGGGGCUCAAUCCAGGGACCUUGACGGCACUCGCGGUAGGCUGCGGCACUACAGACGACCUUCUGGAGCUGUGCAGCCUUCUGUCCUCCGCACUCGCCCCGAGCCUCCAGAACGUCAGCGUCGUCGUUGACGCGUCCAGUAUGUGGGAUCUUCAGGGUCAGACGUUCACCGGCCUCGGGUCCGCGCUGGCGAAAUGUCGCGCGCUCGAGUACCUCUCUGUCGGCAUCAAAGACAACUGCGGCGCCGACGCCUUCAGACCCACCUUCUUCUCGUCCAUCCUCGCGCCGAUCGGCGCGCAGCGCUCGCCCCCACCUCUCCGCGCGAUCGGGAUCCGUAUGUGGACGAGGAUGCCUGCCAAGUAUCUGGCGUUCGACGACCGGCUCUCCCCCGUGCGGUCUCUGGACUUCGACAGCCUGGAUGAGCUGCUCUCCGCUCCGGCCGGGAAAUUGUCUCGUCUCGAGAGCGUCACGCUGGAGAUCGUGGCAUACGACUGGGGGUGGGGCACGCAGCCAGUGGUCACACUGCACAAGGCGGUGCUUCGUCGAAUCCGGGAAGCUGGCUUGCUGCGGUUCGUAUACAACCCUAAGGCUGAUUGGUACUCGGAGAACGCGGAAAUAUUUGUUCCGCACAGCUCGCGUCGUGCGGCCCAGAGUGAGCGUCGAGGAAACUAG